CGUGGCGAAAUUAAUCCUUUUGUUAAAUCACUCGAAAUAGUUUGCCCCAAUCUAUCCGGACUUUCGUUCAGUAUUUCGUUGAAUUCUCCAAAUUAACCUCCAGUGGGAACAAAAGAACGAAAAGCUACGACAAACCUCAAAAUUUACAAGUCUCCAGAUAUAAAUACAACCGCCGCUCAAUCCUCGAAGCACCUCCGGCCAAAACCUUCACAGCUGUUAAAUUCACAACUCGAAUACCAAGAAACUUUGGAUUUUUAGUCCCAUGAUUGCUGGAGAUAACGCUAGACGAGAUACCGAUUCUCCUCCCUUUCUCACAGCCUGUGCAAAUACCUUAUCGUCAGUGGGAUCGGCACUCCGGAUACAAAAGUUCGAGGAAAAUUUCCUAGCUGAAAUUUUUCUUGAUUUCCAUGAAAAACUCCGAGGUAAAGACAAUCUCAGUACUUUUUGUAAACAUUUACUAAAAGUUGAAGACGCACUAGAAAGAUCCGAUGUGACGAGUGGAAAUUUUUCAAAAAAUUACAAAUUUUCAUCGUAAGAUAAAAUAUCGUAAUUUUAUUCGCAACGAUUUUGAAUAAUUAUAUUGAUACUUGAAUAUUUUAUAAAUCAUUCUCGUGUUCGUUUUCAGGAUGAAUGUUGAAUGAUAAAACGUGAAAUUUCAUCAAAUCGAAUCGGUUAAUUAGCGAUAAAAAAAAAAAACAAUUUAUAAAUAAAAAUACGAAAAUCUGGAGGGUCACGCGCGAAUUACUUUUUCCUCCUGAUAUGGACGUGGAUCCGAAUGACGGGAAUAACAGUAACGUGAGUAACGUUAAUGGCACGAAAGAUGCGAACAAUAAUUUUCUUAUUGUUGAUGGAAAUGGCUCAAACGCGAAGCGUCUCAUUGCCUCGAAUGGCGGAAGAUGCAUGAGCACCCAGGCGAUGCAAUCGUUGUACGAUCUUCGACAGAACAAUGUACUUUGCGAUGCAGUUCUUAGGCUCGAAGAUGGCGGUGUGUUUCCCAUACAUCGAGCAAUACUGUCAGCCUGCAGCAAUUAUUUUAGAACUCUGUUCACAACGACGUUGCACUCGCGCGAACGAACCGACAUUCUUCUGCCGGGUGUGAGCAGUCCGAUGAUGAAUCAUUUGCUCGAGUACGCGUACCUGCGUUCGCUCGACAUCAAUCCCGGGAACGUGUGCGAGCUGCUGGUGACAGCGGACUAUUUGAGUGUGACAGGAGUCCUCGAGCUGUGUCGAGAAUAUCUUCGGAAGCAUUUGUCUCCGGAGAUAUGUAUGAGGGUGUUGAGGUUCGCGAGGGAACAUUUUUGCCGUGGUCUCGAGCAGGAUGCUUAUCAGUACGUGAUGAGGCACUUUGUGCUGGUAGCUCAGAAAAGCGAAGAUCUCCUCGAUCUGCCGAUCGAAGAGCUGAGGAGUCUCGUAGGGGCCGACGACCUGAACGUCAACAGCGAAGAAGUCGUUUGGGAAUUGGUCCUCAAGUGGAUAAACCACGAUCCGGAACGCCGAAAGUGCCACAUCGUCGAUCUCCUGAAAAACAUCAGGCUCGGCCUUUUGGACACGGAGUUUUUCCUGGAAAAAGUUAAAGACCAUCCGUACGUAACCGGCAACGAAGCUUGUCGACCGAUCAUCAUCGAGACGUUGAAAUUUCUCUAUGAUUUGGAAAUGAUAACUCAGAAACACGGGGAAGUUCCGACCCCCGAAAUCGCCAGGCCGCGCGUCCCCCAUGAAAUACUUUUCGCCAUGUGCGGCUGGAUCGGCAAUAGCGCCACGAGCUACAUGGAGACUUAUGAUACCCGAGCCGAUCGUUGGGUUCAGGUGCGAGAAGAAGAUCCGUCAGGACCGCGAGCUUACCACGGAGUCGCCGCUGUCGGAUUCAGCAUCUACGUCGUUGGGGGUUUCAACGGUCGCGAUUAUUUCAGCAGUUGUCGCUGUUUCAACGCUGUGACCAAAGAGUGGCGCGAGGUCGCUCCCAUGAAUGCGAGGAGGUGUUACGUGAGCGUGGCAGUGGUCGAUGACGUCGUCUAUGCCAUUGGUGGUUACGACGGCCAUUAUCGGCAAAAGACUGCGGAACGUUACAAUUACCGCACGAACCAAUGGUCACUGAUAGCGCCGAUGGCUGUUCACAGAUCGGAUGCUUCAGCUACGACUCUGAAUGGCAAAAUUUACAUAACUGGCGGUUUCAAUGGACAAGAAUGCUUGAGCUCAGCAGAAGUUUACGACCCUGAGGUUAACCAAUGGACGAGAAUAGCGCCAAUGAGAACCCGAAGGAGCGGUCAGUCCUGCAUCGCGUACCAUGGUUGCGUGUACGUGAUCGGUGGAUACAACGGGAUCGCGAGAAUGUACAGCGGUGAAAAAUACAAUUCUGCGACGAACACCUGGACCCCGAUCCCGGACAUGUACAACCCUCGAAGCAAUUUCGCGAUCGAAGUGAUCGACGACAUGAUUUUCGCGAUCGGUGGAUUCAACGGCGUCACGACGAUCUUCCACGUCGAGUGUUACGACGAAAAGACCAACGAAUGGUACGAAGCGACGGACAUAGGGUUGCAGCGAUCGGGUGUAGCGGCGUGCGUUAUCGUGGGGCUGCCGAACGUGCAAGACUACAUUCACAAGCACCGAGAACACCUGAUGGAAGAAAAACGUCAAAAAUUGUUGGCUCUCGAGUUCCAGAGGAAUCAGCACCAGCAACAGGAGCACCAAAUGAUUCAGGACGAAAACGACAUCAGGCAGUGACGAGAGCGUCACUUGGGCCGACGAACUGCCUUAAAACUACAGCUCAAAUUACAGAAUACUCGGAAUCAUCUCGUUUUGCUAUUCAAUUUUUUUCAACGACUUUUGUUCAUGCACUUUUGUGAUCGAACCUUUUUCCUGGCGAUGCUGAGCUCGUUGGAGCUUUUAUUACUCCCAUAAGACAGUAAAUCCACAGACGAUUGUCAAAUUUAUUAAAAACUCGGACGAAGAAAUGUUUUCAUACUCUCCCAGCUUAGUAUCGGUUUGCGCAUUUUUGUAUUUAAAAUUUCUUUUUUGUAAUAAAUCAUUUAUUGAGGUGAA